UCCUAUAAACGAAAAAAAAACCGGAAAGUGUCCUUCUAGAUUAGUCUGUGCAGUUACCAUAGGCUAAUCUGGGACGACACUUUACGCACAUGCACCGAGCCCAGUCAUCCCACAACGAGGUUCGAAUGUAUGUUUCAGAGAUAGAACCUUUUGAGCUAUGUGACAGAGAGGCCGUCAAAAUUGUCAUGGCAAACGUUUAUCGUCUCGAUGACGACCGUAUUAUGACCACGGGAAAAGGCGACAACUAUGACUUCCGAGUUUCGACACCCUGCACUGGAGCGCCGAUGGAACGUUUUUCUACACAACCAGCGAUUACUUCUGGAAACACAAGGCUCCUGACGUCAUCACGUGGACUAUUUACCAUGGAAACCAACCCACAUCGACGCCUGGGGCUAAACGCAGUCUUCCCUUAUAUUCAGCCAAAGAGGCGCCGGCUUCGAGCCGCAUUGCACUCCCAUGGACUAGUGUUAAACCUUUUCAUCGAGGAGCGAUGCAAAGGCCCGGUCUUGUCUGUGCUGUCCAAAUAUCUACUGGACAUUGUGAUAACUGACAAGAUCUUGGUCUUUGGGAAAGAGGCAGUAAAUCCCACCAACGUAUCAUACAUCUUGCGCGGAAACAUACCAGGGUUGAUUCUAGUAACAGGUGAUAGACUUAGAGACGUCGAGCUUUACGUCGGGUUAUCGGAGGCCGGCGUUCAAUCUCGUGAAGGGUUUCACCCUGGAGAGGUCGGCGUUUCAUACACGUUUGAGCUAGCUACACCGGUGUACGGACAGUGGGUACGGAUUACGCUUAGCACUCCUAACGAUGUACUCACUCUGUGCGAGGUUAAGGUGGAAGGUGCUCCGUACUCUGCAGCCAAUGGCACACGUUAUUCGGUUUUCCAAAGAUAUGUUCACACUGGCACUGCAAUCGACGUUUCCGCGAAGGUCCUGUCAAAUCUCUGCGCAUCAAGCUGUUCCAAAACAGAGAACUGCAUCAGUGCCCACUACAACAAAGCGACCUUGACCUGCAGCCUGUUCGAUUUCUUGGCAUUCCAUCAAAGAGAUGUCGAAAAUGACAUCACUGUUGUCAACAGUAUUGCCAUAACAGAGAAUUCAAGGACAAAGUUGUUCGGGACAUAAACCGUCAAUUUUU